AUGUCGUUUUAUGGUAGGAGACAAAUCCCCACCAGGAGGGGCAAUUCCAGGGCUCAACCUAGACCAACGUCAUUGUACUCGAAUAAUCAACAAUACAAAAAACUUCAGGUCAUCGUUGAGAAGUUAGCACUUUACGCAAAUCAGGUCAAAAGGGCCUUCCCGGCCCCCACAAAUGCCGAGGAAAUAUCAACUGUCAAAGUAUCUCUCGCGGCAGCUUCACAAUUUGUCUUCGACGCAGAAGGAGCCAUUUAUCGCGAAUCGGGAGUAGAAUAUAUGUUAAAAACUUUGACAGUCUACGGAUUGCAAUACCUCAAACACCCAGGCAGCGGUAACGACGAGGUCGUGGCUAUGGCCACCAAGCUCUACGACCGCUGGACCGCUGGUUGUUUUACUCUAAACAACACGCCGACAGUGAGAGAGGUCCCCAGGACUGUAGCAGUCAAUAAGAGGGAGACGGUUAAGUCAUUUAGCUUGAAGAAAAGUAAUAUGGGAGACCGGGAAGCUACUAUCCAGAAGAUCUUUCGCGUAUUUGGACACAAUGGCAUAGCCAUUGGAGAGUAG